AUGGGUGCUUUACCAAAAAAGAAGGUUACGCGGGCCAGGAGAGGUAGAAGGCUUACUUCCUAUAAGUUAAAGCCACUUUACCCUGCUCGUUGUCAGCGUUGCAAUACCGCCAAAUUAGCUCACGCCGCCUGUCCUCAAUGUGGCUAUUAUCGGGGACGCCAGGUAGUAGGAGUCGGAAUGUAG